UGGAUGAAGUGGCAGGCAGUCAUCUGCAGCUGCUUGGUUUCCCCCCCCAGCCCCCAGCGGGGUGUGUGUGUGCAGGGGGGUUCUGUAAAUACCGGGGACCAGAUUGAGGACCCUGGGGGGCCGUAUCCAGCCCACGGGCCAUAGUUUGAGAACCCCUGCUUUAGGGUAUCCACCUUUACGUCGAGAUUGAAAGGGGAAAUUCAAAAGUAGGCAAAACCCUCAAUGAAGUUAGCUAUUGCAAAUAGAUUAGGGAAAAAAAGUGAGGUUAUAUAUUAAAUCAGUUAUGUUUUCAAUUACAUUUGAAAGCCUAACAAAUUUUGCUUUUUGUAUUAAGCAUUAGGUACUCAUAUAUGUAUCUUAAGACAAAUGUAGGCUUUUAACUUUUAUCAGCCUCACCAUUACUGGGUAUACUUGUACAUGGAAUAUAUACAAAACAUUUUAAAACCACCAAGAUUUAAUAUCCACUUACAUUUGCAUGCUUAAUUUGUAUGUAUGGCUAUUGCUUUUCUAAAAGCAUUCAGGAAAUAUUUGUAGGAGCACAUACUAUUCACAAUUGUUUCAGAAUAUGUUCCAGAGAAUUUAUGUAUGGAUAUGUGUAUCUACACUGCCUGGAAAAUCUUGGCCCUAGUCUUUUAAGACACCAUUCCUACAAAUCCUGUGAUCCAUAUUUGAUAAAUAUAAUCUGAAUGAGAAGAGGGAGAGGAGUAUGCAUCGAUUAAAUAUGCUUGAGCAUAAGAAUAAGUGGGACAAAAAGGGAGUGGCUGAUAAUAAAGAGGGAGGGUUAGGGGCGGGGAAUAGUUAUUACAUGAAAUUUAAACCCUUAUGAAAAAACUGGUUGAGCAACCAGCCUUAAUAGCUUUGGUAGACUAUUUUUAAUAAAGAGAAGCUGGUAAAAGCAGCUGCUAAUAUGUUGACAAUAAGUCAAGUUCUUAUAGCCAUUGCUGUAUUUCUUCUAAUUAUGCAGUUUUUAAAGUUGCAACGAUUACGGAGACAGCUUCCUCCUGGACCAAUCCCUCUCCCAAUUUUUGGGACCUUGAUACAGCUGAACUUUCAGUUUAAUCGUGAUCUGCUUAUGAAGCUGGCAAAAAUUCAUGGCAACAUCUUCACCUUAUGGUUUGGACGGUUCCCAGUGAUCAUACUGAAUGGAUUUCAAGCAGUUAAGGAUGGUAUGACCACGCACCCUGAAGAUGUUUCUGGGAGGCUAGUGACUCCUUUCUUCAGAGCAAUGGCCAAAGGAAAAGGGAUUAUGUUGGCAACUGGUCACACCUGGAAGGAGCAGAGGAGGUUUGCACUGAGGACUCUACGUAACCUUGGUCUGGGGAAAAGAGGUCUGGAGCAUCGAGUUCAAGAAGAGGCCCAGUACCUGGUAGCCUUCUUUGCAAGUAUGAAAGGGAAACCCGUGGAUCCUUCUUUCCCUCUAGUUCAUUCUGUCUCAAAUGUAAUUUGUGCUGUUGUUUUUGGACAUCGCUUCUCUAGAGAGGAUGAAACCUUCCAUGAACUGAUUAGAGCCACAGAGCAUCUAUUCAAAUUUGGAGGCAGCUUUAUUCAUCGUCUGUAUGAAGUCUUCCCCUGGCUGAUGCGCCGACUGCCUGGGCCUCAUAAGAAGGCAUUAUCUAGCUAUGAUGUCCUGAGUUCUUUUACAAGGAGAGAGAUCAGAAUGCACAUGGAGCGUGGGAUACCAGAUGAACUGCAGGAUUUCAUUGACUUUUACCUGGCUCACAUUGAAAAAUCCAAAGGUGAACCCAGGUCUACAUACAAUGAAGACAACAUGGUUUAUUCCAUAAAUGACCUUUUCUUGGGUGGAUCAGAGACAACAAGUACAACCUUGUACUGGGGACUGCUCUAUAUGGUGGCAAAUCCAGACAUCCAAGAGAAAGUGCAGAAGGAGCUGGAUGAUGUUCUGGGUCCUUCCCAGUUAAUCUGCUAUGAGGAUCGAAAAGAACUGCCCUACACAAAUGCUGUGGUUCAUGAGGUUCAGCGAUUCAGCAAUAUUAUCUCUGUUGGCAUGCCCAGAGUGUGUGUGAGGAGCACUACAUUGCUUGGCUUUCCCCUCAAAAAGGGCACCAUAGUUCUUCCAAAUAUCGCUUCAUCUUUGUAUGACCCAGAGCAGUGGGAAACACCUCGACAGUUCAACCCUGGUCACUUCCUGGAUAAGGAUGGAAACUUUGUGAGCCAGGAAGCGUUUUUACCAUUCUCAAUAGGGCACCGUGUGUGUUUGGGGGAGCAUCUAGCGAGGACCGAGCUCUUUAUUUUCUUUGCCAACCUGCUGCGGGCAUUCACCUUCCGGCUCCCUGAGGGAGUGACGAAGAUCAACACAGAGCCCAUUUUUGGGGGUACACUGCAGCCCCACCCAUACAGCGUUUGUGCCAUUCCACGCUAGGGUGGACAUGUCCAGUAUGUAACAGACCAUCAAUUAAGCAAUCUUAUUUCCCUUUCUGACCUGGCAGAUUUAAAUCCAGUAUGCUGGUGAGCAAAUGCCAAAACUGACUGGCAGACUUCAAAAAUUAAUUCAUUAACUCCUAGUUACCCUGUUUGCAAAAGCAAAGGAGUCUGGAAAAAUGUACCUGGAAAAUUCUGCUUCUUUGUAUUACUGUCACCACUCAUAACAUUUCAGUCAACUUUUUGUUGAUGGUCACUAAUAAAAGACAUGAAGGAAAAAUUA